CCUAAACUUCGUCAUUCAAGAUGGCCACCAAUUCGUUUGCCAGUUGCAGUGAAGAAGACGGGGUUCUGGUCCUACCAGGUCACUAUUGGCGGGUUGGAAAGCGUUAUAAAGACCUAGAGUACCUAGCACUAGGUGGUAAUGGGCUGGUAUGUAAAGCAAUCGACACGUACACUGACAAAAGAGUCGUCAUAAGCAAGAGAGAUAGUCUCUUCUCCAAGACUUACUGUCAGCGUGAUCUGAGGGAGCUUCAGGUUAUAUCGCGGCUACAAAAAGCACUGGGAGACGACCUACCUAUACCAGAACUGAUUGAUAUUGUGUGCGAGCCUGCUAACCAGCCAAUUGGCGAGGGCACGAAAUUUUACGUCGUCCAAGAAGCCAAAGAAGGCACCAUUGAGAUAAUACUACAAGCGGAUCAGUUACCAAGCCCGGAACAAGUCAAGAUCCUCAUGUAUCAGUUACUCCGUGCUCUUAAACUCUUCCAUUCAGCUGGUAUCAUUCAUCGCUGCAUACGUUCUAAUGACAUACUCAUUGAUGCCGAUUGUGAUCUUCGCGUGUGCGAUUUUAGACUGGCAGCUGUGAAUGGGAUCGAGAGCGACCCAAACUUUGAGCUGCUACGUUUCACCGACUCGUAUCGUGUCGAACACCUUCACUAUUGGGCACCCGAGGUCCUCAUAAAUGAAGAGAUCACGCCUGUUGUAGACAUAUGGUCUGCUGGUUGCAUAUUUGCUGAGUUGCUUACCGGCAAGAAGGUUUUUGGUAGCUCUGAUGUCCGAGGCCAGCUUGACCUCAUUGUAGACCUCCUGGGUGCUCCUUCCCCUGAGGAUCUUGCUUUUGUUAAGGGAGACGCUAGCCGCACUGCUCUUACUUCCGUUCAAAACUCAUCCCCAACUUUUGAGGAACGGUUUAAGAACAUAGACCCAGUCGCACGAGACCUUCUUAAGAAGAUGUUGGUGUUUAAUCCUAGUCAGCGUAUCACUGCAGAGAAAGCUCUAGAGCACGAAUACCUAGCAGAGUAUCACGAUCCUUCAGAAGAACCUGUUUAUAAUGCCGAGAAACCUUUAUGGAAGGAGUUACUGGUCUCGGAUCAAAAUCUCGAAGUUCUUCGCUCGCAGCUAAUAAAAGAAGUUCAUGAGAUUAAGGCGUGGCUAAUGGGCCCUGAGGUAGAGGCGCCAAUAGUCAAUGGUCAUCCCUGGCAUGUUGGCUCUCGUUACAGAAACCUUGAGUUUCUUACUAAAGGCAGUAAUGGUUCAAUGUGUUUUGCUACUGAUACUCGGACUAGCAGUCGCGUUGUAAUAAGCAAAAGGGAUGGGUUGUAUUCUCAGGAAUAUUCCAAACGUAAUCUUCGUGAGAUACAAAUACUCACGCGCCUCCAACGGAUGUACUCUGACGAUUACGAUCCCUUCCCUCGCAUUAUUGAUUUCAUUUGUUAUCCACAGAAUCUCUCCGGUCCCAAACAGGCAGAGCUUUAUGUGGUACAGACAGCCUUUGAUGUUAACCUAGCUGACAUAUUAAACCAACAGCGUAUGACUCAUGACCAGAUCUGGUGCAUAAUGUACUCCCUCCUAGUUAGUCUCAAGCUGCUUCAUUCUGCCGGGGUAGUUCAUCGCUGCAUCAGGCCUCGCCAUUUAUUAUUAACCAGUGAGUUUGAUCUUGCUAUCUGUGAUCUCCGUCGCUCAAUAAUGAAUCACGAACCAUGUGGUGAGGAAUACAACUGGACUGGGUCUUCUACCGAAGGAAGUUGGCAGUAUCUCUCUCCUCAGGCCGUCUGCUACGAUGAGCAGACAACAGCUUGUGAUAUAUGGUCUGCUGGGUGUGUUUUUGGAGAGAUGCUACUUGGUCAGCCUCUGUUUGUCUCUGAUGCUAAUGCUGUUAACAUUUUCCGUGUUAUUUUCUCAACUCUCGGCCGACCAAAAGAUCAAGAGCUAGCCUUUGUAACGUCAAGGAUUGGCCUUCAAGUUUUGAAAGAGUUAAAGAUAAAUGAGUCUCCAUCACUUGACAGCAACCUCAGGAAGAGGAAUGUUGAUGGUCAGGUUAUCGAUCUUCUUAAGAAGAUGCUUGCCUUUAGUCCAGCCAAGAGAAUCACUGCAGAAGAAGCUCUUAAGCAUCCUUACUUUGCCAAGCUCCAUGAUCCAGCAGAGGAGCCUGUAUAUACCGGAAAGAUGUCUUCUGAGGUUGUUACUGAUGAUUUACCGACUUCACAGCUUCGAGCAAAGAUAUUGGAGGAAGUUCAUCUCUUUUCUUCACCACAAUAGUUUAAUCAUUCCUACUACAGUGGACCCUAUGGCUCUCGUGAGCCACGAUAUUAUUUUUAUAUGCACACAAAUGUUAUCUUAUCAACUGUUUCGAUACUUUCGAACAUUAAUAUUGUUGGGAUUAGUUGAGUUUUUUUGUAGUAGGCACAAUAUUAUGUAACUAAUUUUCAAAGGAUGUUUUGUUUAACUUGAUUUAUGUUAAAAAUUUUAAAAAUUAAAAAAUACUUUGAGUUGAA